GAUGAAUCCCCAGGAGGAGCAAUCCGAAGCCGACGAAGUACCGGCUGCCACCCAGGACGAUGGCAUGACCUGGUGGUACAGAUGGCUCUGCAGGCUGGCUGGCAUUUUAGGAGCCAUUUCUUGUGCUUUUUCCGGGCUCUGGAUGUGCCUGACCAUUUACCCACUGAACAUAGCCGCCGGAGUGUGGAUGAUGUUGAAUGCCUUCAUUCUCGUACUAUGCGAAGCUCCCUUCUGUUGCCAGUUCAUCGAGUUUGCAAAUAUGGUCUCGGCCAGAGCAGAUAAGCUUCGUCCGUGGCAGAAGGCACUUUUCUAUUGUGGGAUGGCUGUGUUCCCGGUUAUUCUAAGCCUGACUCUAACUACCUUGUUCGGCAACGCCAUUGCUUUUGCGACCGGCGUGCUUUAUGGGCUGUCUGCGCUGGGUAAAAAGGGAGAUGCCAUUGGGUACGCCAGGAUGCAGCAAAUUCAACAAAAGCCAGCCGGCGGCGAUGGGACGACAGAAAACGUGCAGGCGCAGUUGGUGUGACAUUUUUUUCCCACCACCACGCUUUUUGAAGCAGACUUCCGCGCCGAAUCCCCUGUGUCCUUUGAAGUGCUUCCGAAAUCAAUUCCAUUUUUAAAAAAAACAACAGCGCCCUGAAUUUCUGCGUCACUGUGAAUUUUAAUAUGCUGCUGUUUUUCAGGAUUUAAAACGGGGCCUGCCCCCUCUUCCCCAACACCUCCCGGCCCUGCUUAAUAUCUCAGGUCAAAGCGGAAUCAAAUCAGGUGCAAGCAACGGAGGAAAAAAAUAUAUCUUCCCAUCCAGGCGAAUUCUCUUUGGCUGUUUUCCGAAGAGACGGAAGCGUCGGUUGCGGUUUGCAUCUCAAAUGUCGAAGUUGGGCAGAAGAAAUACCUCCUCUUCCAAACGUUUCCACGGUUUCCGCUGCUUCUUAAAAGGCCUGCUUCUUUUACACGUCACAAAAACAAACCCAACAGACGUGUGUACGCGCAGGGGAAGGAUGAAAUCAACGGUCGCCUAGAAGCUUCGUGUCUUGCAGUGACGUCCAACUUUAUUUGCAAAAAAAACAACAACCACCACCACCCAACAACCCAAAACGUGGAUAGAUUUUGAGGGGUGAGAACUGCAAUACCGAGUGUCCCAAAUUAAAAGUUGAGAGUAAAUAAUGAAUCCAUCUUGGAUUAUUGUCGGACAGUCGCAGAAUCAGGAAAAGGGAAGCAAACCAGAACGGGAAAAUGAACUUUGGAAACCGGAACCGAAUGAAAAUGAAUUUUAGCUUCGAUUGUUCCCAUCCCCUACCCACCCGCGUCUGAUAAAUGUACUCAACUUUGGCAAAGCAUUCGGGAUGGCGAUGGGGUUUUUUUUGCAACCUUUCUCUGAAUUUUGAAGAGAGCUGUGAUUUCGUAUUGUUAGAAAUUAGUGGUGUGUGUUUGCUGAUUGUGAGAUGCGUUUUGUUAGGCAGAGGAAUACUUUGCGGUGUAGUGUCUUAUUUCCCUUUUUGGGGGUCUCUGCUUAUUCGAGGAUUUUCAGCAACCGAAAUUUGGAAUUUCAUAUCGGAGGCUGCUUCCUUCCAGUGGUUUCAAAUGCCGAGAAAGAGAUGUCUUCGUAGCAGUUGAGUAAGGCUGGGCCAAUUCACUGCGCUGUUAAAAUUCCCAGCAUCAUGAAUUUUCUUAAAUUUUUAGGGGGCACCGAGUUUGUUAUCUUCUUAAGAAAAGGGUAAACGGUUGUCAAACCAUUUCAAUUCUUCGUAAGUGAAAAGCACAAAACUUCGGUUCUUUUUUUAAAAAUUUUUUUGGCCAGGUGCAUUUUCUGCUGUGGGUUUUCCAAACUGGGAAGGUUGGAGGGGUGGGGGGGGAGAAAGGGAAUUUACAGUCUGGGGCCAUUUCUUCAUUUAAUCACGUAGCAUCUUUGCUUUAUCAUGAUAUGCUCAGCCAGACAAAUUUGGUUUGAAUAAAUCUGAGAAGAUUCAGUGGGAAAAGCAGUUCAGGGCGAUCUGUAUUCCUUCGAUAUUUUUUGCAUUUGUUUUCCACGCAGGUAGUCCUCGACUUAAUGACGACAACUGGGUUUUUGCUCCAUUUUACAACUUUUCUUGCCACCGCCGUUAAGCGAAUCCCUGCAGCGGUGAAGUCAGUGACACGGUUGUUAAGUGAAUUUGGCUUCCCCGCUGUCAGAAGGUCACAAAAAGGGGAUCGCGUGACCCCCUCCCCCGAGACACUGCAACCGUCAUAAGUACACGUCAGUUGCUAAGCCUCUGAAUUUUGAUCAGGGGUCUCUGGUGGCUCAGACUGCUAAGACAGUCUGUUAUUAACACAGCUGCUUGCAAUUACUUGCAAGUUCAAGUCCCACCAGGCCCAAGGUUGACUCAGCCUUCCAUCCUUUAUAAGGUAGGUAAA